CCUUCCGCACCGGAUCCAAUACCCCUCCACCCUGACCCGCUUCCCUCAUCGAGGAGACCCAUUUCCGGUCCAGAUCCAACCCGACGCUACUUUCUCUCUCUGCUGGUUUCCUUCCAUUCUCUCUUUCUCUUUCCCCAUUGAUUUUUUGAUCAAUUGAAUAGUCGAUGCUGAAACAGAGUACACAUAUCUCGGAUCGCACUUCCCACCCCCCAAACACCCAUUCUUUCUUCACUUGUUUCUCCUACAUUCACUCUCUUUUCUCCAUUUCCCUACAAUUCUCUCUUCACCUUCACCAAUUUAUUUAUUUUUAUUUACUAAUUUUGUAGAGUUUUUCCGCUAAGGAUUCCGUUUUAUUUCUGUUCACAUGAAGAUAUGCGCAGAGGAGAUUAUGACUACUGUUUGAGUCAAUGCAUUGCAUUUUUGAGUCUAGAAAUUUCGAAGAUCGAACCGUUUUUUGACGACCACAAUGGGCGCCUCACCUGCCAAAUUCUUGUUCGGAUUCCUCUUCAUCUCCAUCAUACUAUGGCUUAUUUUCACAUUUGCUUCCAGGUUGUUGACUGGGAUUCUAAGCCGAGUUCUGGGAGCGUCAGUUCAGUUCCGUGUUGGUGGAUGGAAAUGCUUGAGAGAUAUUGUUGUGAAGUUCAAAAAGGGCGCUGUUGAAUCUGUGUCUGUUGGUGAAAUCAGACUCAGUGUAAGGCAGUCCUUGGUCAAACUUGGUGUUGGUAUUUUUUCUAGGGACCCGAAGUUGCAGAUUUUAAUAUACGACUUAGAAGUUGUGAUGAGAGCCCCCACCAAAAGUACUCAGAAAAGGAAGUCCAGGAAAUCGCGUGCUUCUGGUAGAGGAAAGUGGAUGCUCGUGGCUAAUAUGGCACGGUUUUUGUCUGUUGCUGUGACUGAACUGGUUGUAAAGACACCAAAAGCUACAGUGGAGGUUAAAGAACUCAGACUGGAAAUAUCCAAGGAUGGUGCAGCCCAGCCAACCCUCUUUGUGAAGCUGCAUCUAGUUCCUGUUUGGGUUUAUUUAGGUGAAUCACAUGUUACUUCUGAUAUCCCUGGGGGAUCUCUUCCUUCUGGCGAAGCAUUUUCCGGUUUGACAGAACGAACCUCUGCUCCUUUCAACUGUGAAGAUUUUGCACUUUUGUGUGAAUUCGGUCAUGAUAGGGAAGCAGGUAUAGUGGUUAAGAAUGUAGAUAUUACCAGUGGAGAAGUUUCUAUGAUCUUAAGUGAAGAGCUUUUGGUUAAGAAGAAAAGUUCAAUUGGCACAAGCGCUCAGGCUGGUCAAGUUGUAACAGAGGCUAAUGAAGCAAGUGCCACUAAAAAGUCAGACAAAAAACCUGCAGCUUUGGCUAUUACUAAGUUCACUUCUAUAUUCCCCGAAAAGAUUGGCUUCACAUUGCCCAAAUUGGAUGUGAAGUAUGUGCAUCGGGGACAAGGUCUUGUAAUGGAUAGUAACAUCAUGGGCAUUCAACUGAAGAGCACAAAAUCUCGAACUGUUGAAGAUCUCAGUGAAAGUACCAGGCUUGAUAUUCAGUUGGAAUUUAGUGAGAUUCAUCUGCUGAGGGAUGCUGGCAUUUCCAUUGUUGAGAUACUGAAACUUGACGUUAUUUCUUCAGCUUAUAUUCCCCUACAGCCUUCCUCACCUAUCAGAUGUGAAGUUGAUAUUAAGCUUGGUGGUACUCAAUGCAACUUGAUGGUUAGUAGGUUUGUUCCAUGGAUGCAAAUGCAUUUUUCAAAACCAAAGAGAAUGGUGCUUCGAGAGGAAAGUUCUCUUGAAAAGCAACGGUCAUCUGGACAAAGUGCAAUUAUGUGGACAUGCACUGCUUCUGCCCCAGAGAUGACCAUUGUGCUUUACAAUUUGAGUGGCUCUCCAGUCUACCAUGGUUGCUCUCAAUCAUCACAUGUGUAUGCUAACAACAUAUCAACUAUGGGCACUGCAGUUCAUAUGGAACUUGGUGAGCUUAAUUUGCACACAUCUGAUGAAUAUCAAGAGUGCUUGAAAGAAAGCCUUUUUGGUGUGGAGACAAAUACGGGUUCCUUGCUGCACAUAGCAAAGGUUAGCCUGGACUUGGGCAAAAAGGAUAUGGAUACACCUGAAGAUGGUCGCAAGUGUAAAAUGGUUCUCUCCACUGAUGUAACUGGUAUGGGUGUCUACUUGACCUUUAGGCGCCUGGAAUCUUUGGUAUCAACUGCUUUUUCCUUCCAAGCUCUAUUUAAAAGUUUAUCUGGUUCUGGCAAGAAGGCAGCUCAUAACCGGGGUUCAAAAUCAGUCAGUUCAUCAGGGAAGGGGAUUCAACUUGUAAACUUUAAUCUUGAAAGGUGUUCUCUGAAUUUCUUUGGAGAAGUGGGAUUGGAGAACGCAAUUGUUGAGGAUCCCAAACGUGUAAAUUAUGGAUCACAAGGCGGUCGAUUUGUAAUAAGUGUCUCAGCUGAUGGUACUCCUCGCACAGCAGAUAUUAUGUCUACUCUUUCAGACAAGUUCAAUAAGUUGAAGUACUCUGUAACACUUGAGAUUUUCCACCUAGGUUUUUGCAUGAAUAAGGAGAAACGAUCAAUGCAGAUGGAUCUUGAAAGAGCUAGAUCUAUCUAUCAGGAGUUUUUGGAAGACAGCACUCCUAGAACAAAUGUUCUAUUGCUUGACAUGCAAAAUGCAAAAGUUGUCAGGCGAUCUGGUGGCCUUAAAGAGAUUGCUGUCUGUUCUCUCUUCAGUGCUACAGAUAUAUCGGUCAGAUGGGAGCCUGAUGUACAUAUUGCUUUAUCUGAACUUGGGCUGCAAUUGAAGUUACUGGUCCAGAAUCAUAGACUUCAAGUAGAAAAAAACAAAGAAAACAUAUCAAGCAUGACCAAUAAUGAGCAGGAGAAAGACACUCCUGUGGAACCUUUGCAAAUCGAUAAACAGCAGAAAAAAAGAGAGUCCAUUUUUGCCAUUGAUGUGGAAACACUCUGUAUAUCUGCUGAGGCUGGAGAUGGAGUUGAAACAACAGUCAAGGUUCAGUCCAUAUUUUCUGAGAAUGCUCGAAUUGGCAUGCUUCUUGAAGGACUAAUGCUCGAUUUUAAUGAAGCAAGAGUAUUUCAAAGCAGCAGGAUGCAAAUUUCUCGUGUUCCCAACACCUCUGCUACUGCAUCGAAUGGUAAAAUAGAGACAGUCACUGUGUGGGAUUGGGUAAUCCAGGCGCUUGAUGUUCAUGUGUGCAUGCCAUACCGGUUGCAGUUGCGUGCAAUUGAUGAUUCUGUUGAGGAAAUGCUGCGGGCGCUGAAGCUUAUCAAUGCUGCUAAAGCUAAAAUGCUCUUUCCAGUUAAAAAAGAGAGUUCAAAGCCUAAGAAGCCAAGUUUGACCAAAAUCGGACGUGUAAAGUUUUGCAUCCGCAAACUAACUGCUGAUAUUGAGGAAGAGCCGAUACAGGGUUGGCUUGAUGAACAUUAUCAGCUGUUGAAAAAUGAGGCCUGUGAAUUAGCUGUUAGGUUGAACUUUCUUGAUGAACUAAUUUCAAAAGCUGGCCAAAUUUCUGGAGGUACGGAAAGAAAUGAUCCAAUUAUUGAGAGCAAGGUUCAAUUUGAUGGAGAAGAGAUUAAUAUGCAAGAUCCUGAAUCAAUUAAGAAAUUGCGAGAUGAGAUUUAUAAGCAGUCAUUCCGAUCAUAUUAUCAAGCAUGUCAGAAACUUGCACCAUCACCAGGAUCUGGAGCCUGUAAGGAGGAUUUUCAAGCUGGCUUCAAGUUUAGCACAACUAGAACUUCUGUCUUCUCUAUUAUUGCGACAGAGUUUGACUUGAGCCUGACAAGGAUUGAUGGUGGUGAUGCUGGGAUGAUUGAAGUCCUGCAAAAACUUGAUCCAGUCUGUCGUGCAAAUAAUAUUCCGUUUUCACGCCUAUAUGGAACCAACCUUAUCUUGCAUACUGGGUCCCUUGUUGCUCAGUUAAGAAACUACACUUGUCCCUUGUUUGCUGGAACUUCUGGUAGGUGUGAAGGCCGUCUGGUGUUGGCUCAACAGGCAACAAGUUUUCAGCCCCAAAUCCGUCAAAAUGUUUAUGUUGGGAGAUGGAGGAAAGUUUGCAUGCUUCGUUCAGCCAGUGGUACAACACCACCAAUGAAAACAUAUUGUGAUUUGCCCAUUCAUUUUCAGAAAGCAGAAGUGUCAUUUGGUGUCGGUUUUGAACCAGUUUUUGCUGAUGUCAGCUAUGCUUUUACCGUGGCACUUCGUAGGGCCAAUUUAAGCCUCAGGAACCCUAAUCCAGAAGUUCAGCCCCCCAAAAAGGAGAAAAGCUUACCGUGGUGGGAUGAAAUGAGAAACUAUAUUCAUGGAAAUACUACUUUAUACUUGUCUGAGACUAAAUGGAAUGUCCUUGCAACCACUGAUCCAUAUGAAAAUUCUGACAAGCUUCAGAUUUUUUCUGGUUAUAUGGAAAUCCAGCAGUCAGAUGGUCGUGUUUAUAUGACCGCUAAGAAUUUCAAGAUUGUUUUGAGCAGCUUAGAAAGUUUGCUGAAAAAUUCCUGCUCAAAGCAUCCUACUGGCUUUUCUGGUGCUUUUAUUGAGGCACCCAUCUUUACUAUUGAAGUCACAAUGGAUUGGGAUUGUGAAUCUGGGAAUCCACUGAAUCAUUAUCUAUUUGCGCUUCCUAUAGAAGGUGUACCUCGUGAAAAAGUUUAUGAUCCCUUUAGGUCUACUUCUCUGUCCUUGUGCUGGAAUCUGUCACUCAGACCCUCUCUUCCCUCUUCUAAUCACGAGUCACAGUCAUUGGCAAUGAGCGAUCAUGCCUUGCUGAAUGGAGCUUCACAUAAUCCAUUUGCAACAGCAAAUGCCUCUACUGAUUCACCAGUUGUCAAUCUUGGUCCACACGAUUUAGCAUGGCUAUUAAAGUUUUGGAACUUGAACUACCUUCCUCCUCAUAAAUUGCGGACUUUUUCAAGAUGGCCUCGUUUUGGUGUCCCUAGAAUUGCUAGAUCAGGCAAUCUGUCCAUGGACAAGGUAAUGACAGAGUUUAUGUUUCGGGUUGAUGCAACUCCAACGUGUAUAAGACAUAUGCCUUUAGAAGAUGAUGAUCCAGCGAAGGGACUUAUCUUUAAGAUGACAAAAGUAAAAUAUGAACUUUGUUUUGGUCGGGGUAAGCAAAAGUAUACAUUUGAAAGCAAACGGGACACCCUUGAUCUUGUCUACCAAGGUCUUGACCUUCACAUGCCAAAGGCUUAUUUAGAUAAGGAAGCCAGGACAAGUAUUGCAAAAGUAGUUGAAUUGACUAGGAAAACGUCACAAUCUGCAUCAAUGGACAGAGUUCCAAAUGAUAAGACGAAUAGUUUGAGUGCAAGCACAGAGAGGCACCGGGAUGAUGGAUUUUUAUUAUCAUCUGAUUACUUUACGAUUAGAAGGCAAACUCCAAAAGCUGACCCAGAAAGGUUAUUGGCUUGGCAAGAAGCUGGCAGAAGAAAUCUUGAGAUGACAUAUGUCAGGUCUGAGUUUGAAAAUGGGAGUGAAAGUGAUGAGCAUACAAGAUCUGAUCCUAGUGAUGAUGAUGGGUAUAAUGUUGUGAUUGCUGACAAUUGUCAGAGGAUUUUUGUAUACGGUCUUAAGCUUUUGUGGACUCUUGAGAAUAGAGAUGCUGUUUGGUCCUGGGUAGGUGGAAUAUCGAAGGCAUUUGAAACUCCAAAACCUUCUCCUUCUCGUCAAUAUGCCCAGAGGAAGCUGCUUGAGGAGAAUAAGGCAGUUGGUGGCCCAGAAAUGCCUCAAGAUGAUAUAAACAAGUCCACAUCUGUGAGUCCUGUUGGGAGUUCCUCAUCACGACAGCAUUCAGAGUCUUCAAAAUCACAGUCAUCCCCAUCCAAUUCUUUCAAAGGGGAAAAUCCUUUGCCAGGUGCAAGUGUGAAGCAAUCUGAUGAAUCUGAGGACGAUGGAACCCGUCAUUUCAUGGUUAAUGUCAUUGAGCCACAAUUCAACCUUCACUCAGAAGAAGCCAAUGGUAGGUUUCUGCUAGCUGCUGUUAGUGGGCGUGUUUUAGCUCGUUCGUUCCAUUCUGUUCUUCACAUUGGGUAUGACAUGAUUGAACAAGCACUUGGUGGAAGGAAUACUCAGAUUCCUGAGUCUGAACCUGAAAUGACGUGGAACCGUAUGGAGUUCUCUGUGAUGUUGGAGCAUGUGCAAGCUCAUGUUGCUCCAACUGAUGUAGAUCCUGGGGCUGGACUUCAGUGGCUUCCAAAAAUUCGAAGAAGCUCACCCAAAGUAAAGCGAACUGGAGCUUUACUUGAAAGAGUUUUUAUGCCUUGUGAUAUGUACUUCCGCUAUACAAGGCACAAAGGUGGAACAGCAGAUUUGAAGGUGAAGCCAUUGAAAGAGCUUACUUUCAACUCUCGUAAUAUAACUGCAACUAUGACAUCUCGGCAGUUCCAGGUUAUGCUUGAUGUGUUGACUAAUCUUCUAUUUGCCAGACUUCCAAAGUAAGGAUAACUGAUCUCUCUCUCUCUCUCUCUCUCUCUCAGUUACUGCUUUGGCAUUCUGUUUGUUCAUUUUGUUUCAAUUUUUCUGUGUUUAGUCAGUUCAUAAAUUGAGUAAAACUAGUUGUUAUAGAACAUUUAAAUAAUUUGGUGAGCUCUCAAAACAACGUUGAAAUUAUUUGGUCUCUCAAAACAGCGUUGAAACUAUUUGGUCUGUC